CUCCCAUCCUUAGUUAGCCGGUGUGGUGCUCGUGCUUCUCAGCCUCGUCGCGGAGAGUCGCUGCCGAGUGGGCGCUGAGUGUCCGCGUCGUCAUGGCUGGUUACGAAUACGUGAGCCCGGAGCAGCUGGCUGGCUUUGAUAAGUACAAGUACAGUGCUCUGGACACCAAUCCACUCUCUCUGUAUAUCAUGCAUCCAUUUUGGAACACCGUAGUAAAGGUAUUUCCUACUUGGCUGGCUCCAAAUCUGAUCACCUUUUCUGGCUUUCUGCUGGUUGUAUUUAAUUUCCUACUUAUGGCACACUUUGAUCCUGACUUUUAUGCUUCAGCACCGGGUCACAAGCACGUACCUGAUUGGGUUUGGAUUGUAGUAGGCAUCCUCAACUUCAUAGCCUACACUCUAGAUGGUGUGGAUGGAAAGCAAGCCCGUAGAACCAAUUCCAGCACCCCUUUAGGGGAGCUUUUUGACCAUGGCCUGGAUAGUUGGUCAUGUGUUUACUUUGUUGUCACUGUGUAUUCCAUCUUUGGACGAGGACCAUCUGGUGUCAGUGUGUUUGUUCUUUAUCUCCUGCUAUGGGUAGUUUUGUUUUCUUUCAUCCUGUCUCACUGGGAAAAGUAUAACACAGGGAUUCUUUUCCUGCCAUGGGGAUAUGACAUUAGCCAGGUGACUAUUUCUUUUGUCUACAUAGUGACUGCGAUUGUGGGAGUUGAGGCCUGGUAUGAACCUUUCCUGUUUAAUUUCUUAUAUAGAGACCUAUUCACUGCAAUGAUUAUUGGUUGUGCAUUAUGUGUGACUCUUCCAAUGAGUUUAUUAAACUUUUUCAGAAGCUAUAAAAAUAACACCUUGAAACACACUUCAGUCUAUGAAGCUAUGGUUCCCUUCUUUUCUCCAUGUUUGCUAUUCAUUUUGUCUACAGUAUGGAUCCUCCAGUCACCUUCAGCUAUUUUAGAGAUACAUCCUAGAGUAUUCUACUUUAUGGUUGGAACAGCCUUUGCCAAUAUCACAUGUCAGCUGAUUGUUUGUCAAAUGAGCAGUACUCGGUGCCCAACUUUGAAUUGGCUGCUGGUUCCUCUCUUCUUGGUUGUCGUGGUGGUAAACUUAGGAGUAGCCUCUUACACUGAGACCCUUCUCCUGUAUACAUUAACAACUGCUUUCACUCUGGCCCACAUCCAUUAUGGAGUCCGAGUGGUGAAGCAGCUGAGCAGCCAUUUUCAGAUUUACCCCUUCUCAUUGAGGAAACCAAACUCGGAUUGACUGGGAAUGGAAGAAAAGGAGAUCGGCUCGUAAUCUACAGAAAGAAGUACUGUCAAUAAGAUGCUUGUAAAUAUUUCAUCCAUCACCAUUGAACUAAACUGAUCUGCUUAACAGACACGGGAACUUGGUGUGUGUGGUGCUUGGACAGCAGGAAUGAUACGUAUGAUCUGAACUUGUGGAAUUUUGGACCUGCUAAUUCCCAGCUUAUUUUAUUUUAUUUUCAUAAAACCGGGUAACAUUUUGGUUAAGCAUAAUGUACCUUAGACCAGCAAAAUGUUCCUAGUGAUUUUAGCUUCAUGAGUCGAGAAUGUUUUGGUUUAUACAGAGUUCAAGAAGCUAUGUUUUUAUGUUUAAAACCCCAAAAUUGGUUUAAGAGCACUGGUAACAUUCAGAAAACCAUAAUAUGUUUUCAUAUUUGAUAUUUAGUAGUAGGUCUUUAACUGUGGAAGCUAUCAGUAGCCCAAAUCUAAUAUAGGGAAAAGAUAAGAGCAAGUCACUGUCCGCAAGAGAUGCCAAAUGACUGCAGAACAAUACACAGUUGCCAAAUACUGGUUUCUCUUUCCCCUGGAAAUGCCUUUUGUCCUCACAUGCUAAGAGAGCUAAUAUAUAUAUUUAGAUUCUCUAGUAUUCCGGCUCUCUUUGUUAUGGAACAGAUCUUGAUGAAUGGUUUAAUUUUUUUUAAGAAAAAUACUCUGUUGAGACUUAGUAUGAUUGUAAUUGUAGCUCCACCCAUUGGCAUGGUUCAUUGUUGAAAUGUGGCGUUUUUUUCUCUUAGCUACAAGUUGCUGAGAUUUGGUGCCUGUGAACUAUGAUUAUAUGAAUGCAUGUGACAGUCCCAGUCUUAGGAUAAUUACUUGUGAGGAAUGCAGAUAAACUUCCUUAUAAGAGAAAUUUACUUUGGAGUUAGAAAUCUUAUGAACCUCACUAUGAAAUUACUACUGUGAACCUCAUUACGAAAUUAGUUUUCUGAUUCAAUUUGUUCUUCCUUCCUUCCUUCCUUCCUUCCUCUCAUUUUCCCUCUCUCUCUUUUUUUGGAGAAGACAGUGCUGUGUUUUUUAUUUCAUACAGGAUAAAGAAGUAGAGAGAAAUUCUCUCUCACCCAGCUUGCCCACUUCCCCACUUGAAGAAAAUGUUUGAUAUAUAUGCCUUACUGAGUACGUACACCCUUUAAUAUGACUUGGAGUAAUUUUUGAGGUUUGCUGACAAACAUAAAAAUCCCUUUGAUUUUAAUGUGGUUGUUUUAUAGAUGACAGCUUUUCACAAAUGUGGAUAUUUUCUUCUUUUUCUUUUUGACUUUGUCUCCCUUUAGUUUGGUGGUGGUGAAAUUUACUUGCUGAUUUUCUUUUAUUUUUCACAGAAUGAAGUUUGUGCUCGAAUGAAGAGUGUAUCUUAAACCCUUUUUUUUGGAUAGAUUGCACUUGGAUAAAAUAGGCACCACUGUGUUGAUAUGCAAUUAAAUUCAUAACCAUUAUUUAUCUAUGAAUGUGACCAUUGUUAAAUUUAAUUAUAGUAUAUUCCUUUCUUGAAUUUCAGUCUGCUGCUUUGUAAAAAUAACUGUGUAAUUGAUAUUUUGAUUUUUAAAUUUGUAAAUUCUACAAAGGAAACUCCAUAAGGCUAUCAGCUGACUUCUCAGCAGAAACCUUACAGGCUAGAAGAGAGUGGCAUGAUACAUUUAAAGUGCCAAAAGGAAAAAACCUACAGCCAAGAAUACUCUACCCAGCAAGGUUAUCAUUCAGAAUGGAAGGAGAGAGAAAAAGUUUCCCAGACAAGCAAACAUUGAAGGAGUUUGUCACCAAGAAACCAGUACUACAAGAAAUGAUAAAGGGACUUAUUUAAGGGGAAAAGAGAAGACCACAAAUAGGAAAAAUUAUCUAUUUCCAUGAUAAGAGGGUAAUGGAUACAAAUGCACAAAAAAAAGGUUAGAUAUGAUAUCAAAAACAUAAAAUGUGGGAGAAGGGGAGUUAAAGAGUAGAGCUUUCAGACAGAGGUCAGACUAAAGAGACUAUCAACUUAAUAUGGACUGCUAUAUAUGUAGGUUACUAUAGAUGAACCCUAUGGUAAUCACAAACCAGAAACCUAUAAUACGUACACAAAAAAAUAAGAGAAAGGGACCCAAACGUAAUACUAAAGAAAGCCAUCAAACCACAAGGGAAGAGAGCAAGAGAAGAAGAAAGGAACAGAGAAGAACUACUAAAACACCAAGAAAAAAAAGUUAAAAAAUGGCAGUAAGUACAUACUUGUCAAUAGCUACUUUAAACGUCAAUGGACUAAAUGCUCCAAUUAAAAGGCAUAGGGUGGCUGACUGGAUAAAAAAACAAGACCCAUAUAUAUGCUGCAUACAAGAGACACACUUCAGACCUAAAGACACUCACAAACUGAAAGUAAAGGGAUGGAAAAAGAUACUCCAUGCUAAUGGCAAUGAAGAGAAAGCUGGGGUAGCAGUACUCAUAUCAGACAAAAUAGACUUUAAAACAAAAACUGUAAAAAGAGACAAAGAAGGGCACUACGUAAUGAUAAGGGAACAAUCCAACAAGAGGAUAUAACACUUGUAAAUAUCCAUGCACCCAAUGCAGGAGCACCUAAAUAUCUAAAGCAAUUAUUAACAGACAUAAAAAGAGAAAUAGACAGUAACACAAUAAUAGUAGGGGACUUUAACACUCCACUUACACCAAUGGAUAGAUCAUCCAAACAGAAGAUCAAUAAGGAAACACUGGCCUUAAAUGACACACUAGAACAGAUGGACCUAGUAGUUGUGUACAGAACAUUCCAUCCAAAAACCGAAAAAUACACGUUCUUUUCAAAUGGACAUGGAACAUUCUCCAGGGUUGAUCACAUAUUAGGGCACAAAACAAGGCUCCAUAAAUUUAAGAAGACUGAAAUAAUACCAAGCAUCUUUUCUGACCACAAUGGUAUGAAACUAGAAAUCAACUAUAGGAAGAAAAUCAGAAAAGCCUCAAAUAUGUGGGGAUUAAACAAAAUGCUACUGAACAACGAAUGGGUCAAUGAAGAAAUCAAAGGAGAAAUCAAAAAAUACUUGGAGACAAGUGAAAAUGAAAAUACGACAUGCCAGAAUUUAUGGGAUACAGCAAAAGUGGUUCUAAGAGGGAAGUUUAUAGCAAUACAGGCCUAUCUCAACAAACAAGAAAAAUCUCCAAUAAACAAUCUAACAAUGCACCUAAA